AUGGCUCUGCGCUGCUUAGCUUGUUGCAUGGUGAUCAUGGGUUUGGUUUUGUUACUUGCACUCGCUUCCGGUGCCGUAGAGGGUUCGAGACGGCGGCUUUUAGAUCAGAUAAACGGGGCUGGGGCUGCGAAUGCAGAGGCGUACGGUGUAUGCAAGGCCCUGGUGACUAUGCAUGGUUACAAAUGCCAGGAGAUAUUUGUGACUACCGCCGAUGGUUACAUGCUGAACGUGCAGAGGAUUCCGGCAGGUCGUAAUGGUGGUGGUGGCGCCGGGAAACAACCGGUGAUAAUUCAGCAUGGUGUUCUUGUGGAUGCCGCCACCUGGCUGUUGAACUCUCCGGACAAAAAUCUGCCGUUGAUUCUGGCUGAUAAUGGUUAUGAUGUGUGGAUGGCUAACACCAGAGGGACUAGGUUUAGCCGGCGACAUACCUCCAUGGACCCAAAAGAUCCGAAUUUUUGGAAUUGGUCGUUUGAUGAACUGGUGGCUCAUGACCUACCGGCUGUUUUUGAUUACGUGCAUGGCCAAACAAAGCAGAAGAUUAACUACAUCGGUCACUCCCUGGGGACUUUACUAGCAUUGGCUUCGCUUUCAGAAGGGAAGCUGGUAGAUCAACUGAAAUCGGUAGCUUUGCUAAGUCCGGUUGCUUACCUGACUUACAUGAGUACACCAAUCGGCGCAGUUGGAGCCAGACUCUUUGCCGGCGAGAUCACAAGAAUAUUUGGUGUUGCAGAGUUCGAUCCAAAAGGGGAGCCCGUGGCUACAUUAAUAGAUCAUAUAUGUGACACUGCAGGAGUUCCAUGUUACGACUUGUUGGCAAUACUUACUGGUAAAAAUUGUUGUCUCAAUGCUUCCACUGUUGAUCUCUUUUUGGAUCAUGAGCCUCAGCCGACAUCAACCAAGACCAUGGUGCAUCUGUCUCAAGUUGUACGAACUGGUGUUAUAGCAAAGUUCGACUACGGGAGAUUUGACACCAAUUACAUGCAUUACCGGUCAUUUUCCCCUCCGCAUUACGACCUUUCUAAGAUUCCGACCAACAUGCCCAUGUUCAUCAGCUACGGAGGCCAAGAUGCACUCUCCGAUGAACUCGACGUGUUGCGUUUACUUGAUCAUUUGAAGUAUCACGACAAGGGGAAGCUUGUGGUUGAUUUCAUCCACGAGUAUGCUCACGCCGAUUUUGUCAUGGGGAUCAAUGCCAAGGAUCUUGUGUAUAACAAAGUGAUUUCUUUCAUGAAGCAGCAACAAUAAUAGUAGUGAUAGUCAGUUCACUAGCUAAUUAAGGUCAGGUGCAA